AUGUCAUCAAAUCUCUCAAGCAAAUCCUCACCAAUCGUCGUCGUUGGUGCUGGUGUCUUUGGUCUAAGCACGGCCCUUCACUUGGCGGAGCGCGGUUACACCAAUGUCAAGGUUCUUGAUAAACAGCCAUAUCACGAAUCUCAAUAUUCGUAUGACAAAGGAUGUGAUGCUGCUUCAGCAGCAUAUGGCAAAGAGAUUUGGUACCAGAAUCUCGCACUUGAUGCCAUCACGAAGUGGAAGAAGUGGAAUGACGAGCUCAAGGCCGGAAAACUCAGACCUUCAGGGCUUUCCUCGUCUGAUAAACUGUUUGUCAACAACGGAGUUCUCACCAUUACUUCAGAGUCAUCAUUGUCGCAAUUUGACAUAGACACCAUUAAGAACAUGACCAAGGUAGGAUUAGAGCAUACACAGAUCGAUCUCAGCGAGCCGAAGGACGUUGAGGGGGCAAAGUCUCAGGGAUUCGACUUUGCUCUCAAUGCCUUCGACCUCAAGAACAACUCCGCCCUUCUAGAUACCCAGUCAGGCUUUGCCUACGCUGACAAAGCCUGUCGUUUUGCACUCAACAAAGCACAGACUCUGGGUGUGCAAUUUCUUUUUGGAGAAUCCAAGGGGAAGUUCUCAAGCUUUGUUGAGAGCACUGAUUCACAGAUCACUGGUGUCAGAACGGCUGAUGGAACAGUGCAUGCCGCGGAGCUAACGAUCAUGGCUUGCGGUGGCUGGACUCCUUCGCUUAUCACGCAGCUUGACAAUCUCUGCGAGACUACUGCUGGAAGCGUGGCUCUGUUUCAAUUACCACCCGACAAGGCUUUAUGGGAUCGCUUUGCACCCGAAAACUUCCCGACUUGGUCAUAUAACAUGCGCCAUGGUAAAUAUGGUGGCCUCUAUGGCUUUGCACGAGAUGACAACGGUGUUGUCAAGAUGGGCUAUCGUGGUACAAAGUUCACCAACCCCCAGACUCAAGCAGAUGGCACUGUCAGAAGUGUACCCAAAACUCGAUGGACGGAAGAGUCUAUCCGCCAAAUUCCACUCAUCGGCGCGAGAGUUGUCAAGGGUUUCGUGAAGGACUUCCUCCCCGAGCUGGCGCAGUGUGAAAUGAGCACUCGUCUUUGCUGGUACACUGACUCAUACGAUAACCAUUUCGUCGUUGAUUUCGUGCCCGACAAAAAGGGUCUGAUGAUUGCGACAGGAGGUAGUGGACAUGGUUUCAAAUUUCUUCCUAAUCUGGGUGAGCACGUCGUGGAUAGGAUUGAAGGGAAGGAAAAUGAGUAUCUGGACUUGUGGAAGUGGAGAGGCUUGGAAGCUGGUGCAAAGCCUUUUAAUAGCCUGAUGGAAGGUGUUGGUAGCGACCGCUCACUCCAGCAUCAGGCCUUUACGACAGUUGAUGGUUCGUCGAAGCAGCUUAGUCGACUUUAG